AUGGAAUCGUUAUCGUGGGAUUACAUACUCAAAUACGUCCUACUAGGAGAUUCAGCAACCGGCAAAUCGUCGCUUUUGAUCCGAUUGACGGACGAUAGGUUCGACCUUACUGAACCUACCCUAGGAGUCGAAUUUGGAAGUAGGAUAAUAUCGGUCGGUGAAGAGGGUAAGAGGGUCAAGGUGCAGUGUUGGGAUACAGCUGGGACGGAGUCCUUUCGAUCAAUAACAAGAAGCUACUUUAGGGGUGCUGCUGGUGCUUUACUAGUGUACGACGUCACUAGGAGGGAGUCGUUCGAUCAUGUAACAUCAUGGCUCGAGGAUCUACGUAAAUACGCUGAUGAGAAUGUAUCCAUCAUACUGGUAGCAAACAAGAUAGAUCUCUGUACAUCCACACCAGCACCACUUCCAUCAAUACAGUACGGACAUCCCUUCCCUGCUCCCGAUACGCCUCUGGAUACCUCAUUAUCCCGAUCACCUUCGCCUGCCCCUGCUCCCGAUGUACCUCCUAGCACCACCCAACCGAAAGAUCUCAAACUACGGCAGGUGAGCAGUAUGGAGGGAGCGUUAUUUGCCAAACAGCAUGGAUUACUAUAUGUUGAGACCUCAGCCAAGGAGGGAUGGGGUGUGACUGAUGCGUUUGAAUGGACUGCGAGGGAGGUAUUGGAUAAGGUGAAGAAGGGGGAGAUGGAGAGGAAAAAGCCUGGAGGAGUGAAGUUGAAUGAGACUCGACAGAAUAAGGGAGGAAGAUGUUGUUAG